CCCCGAACGUUUCUGAAACAACAGCGGCCUGUGGUUUAUUCACUCCGUCGCUGCAAUUUUUCUCUUCAGUGGAGGAUUUCUCUCUGCUGUUUGUCGCCAUCAUGAAACUCGUCAGGUUUUUAAUGAAGCUCAGCCAUGAGACUGUAACCAUUGAGCUGAAGAAUGGCACCCAGGUUCACGGCACCAUCACAGGUGUUGAUGUGAGCAUGAACACCCACCUGAAGGCGGUGAAAAUGACCCUGAAAAACAGGGAGCCCACUCAACUGGAGUCGCUGAGUAUCCGUGGCAACAACAUUCGCUACUUCAUCCUGCCUGACAGCCUCCCUCUGGACACGUUGCUGGUUGAUAUUGAGCCAAAGAUCAAGUCCAAGAAGAGAGAAGCAGUGGCUGGACGGGGACGAGGCAGAGGAAGAGGACGUGGGAGAGGAAGGGGACGAGGACGAGGUGGACCGCGAAGAUGAUCGCCAGACCUUUUUUGUUUGCUUCUCAACAUCCAGCUGUUUGUACAGGAGUUUUAUUUUUAUUUUUUAUCUUCUGCUAAGAGGAAAAAAUUGUGAUUUUCUGUGUGCUUUUCGUUAAUGACUUUUCCCCCCUUUUUUGUACAUUAAAAGUAAGAGGACA